AUGUCGAAAAGAUCCGCACCAAUUGAUGAUUCAAAUGGCGUCAACAACGACCGCGCGGUGUCAAGCAAGCUUGCUUCCGAUGCUGUUCCAAGUGCUGGUGUGACACCUGUGGCAGGCGAUGAUGUCGAGAUGGGUGAAUUCGAGGACCAGUUCAGUGAUGAGUUUGAGAGUGAUGGCGAAAUUAUUCAGAUGGAUGGAGAAGAAGACGACGAGGACCAGGAUAUCGAGGUGGACGCUGAGAUUGAUGGGGGCGACCGUUCCGAGACCAUCCAGCAAGAUGAGUCUAAUGAGCAGGAUCAGGGUUCCUCCAACGCAGAGCCGCAGCAGCAGCUUUAUUUGCCUCACUUGUCAAAGCCACUUGGUCCAGACGAAGUUUUAGAGGCAGACCCUUCAGUCUACGAAAUGUUGCAUAACGUCAACGUUACAUGGCCAUGCAUGACACUAGACGUUGUUCCCGACCGUCUUGGGUCUGAGCGUAGAAACUACCCACAGUCGCUUCUGAUGGCGACUGCCACUCAAGCCUCCAAGAAGAAGGACAAUGAACUGUUGUGUCUGAAACUAUCUCAGCUCAGCAAGACUUUGGUGAAAGACGAAAAUGAAGACAGCAGCGACAAUGACGAGGACGACGACGAGGAUGAGGACCAGGAUCCCGUAGUCGAGAAUGAAAACAUCCCACUAAAGGACACUACCAACAGAUUGCGCGUCUCACCUUUUGCAUCCGAAUCGCCUGAAAAGCUCACUGCGACCAUGAGUGAAAACGGGGAAGUGCACAUAUUCGACCUAGGCCCCCAGUUCAAGGCCUUCGAAACCCCAGGCUAUCAGAUACCAAAAACCGCUAAAAGACCAAUUCACACCAUCAAGAACCACGGCUCUGUGGAAGGGUAUGCUCUUGACUGGUCGCCCUUGCAUAAAAGCGGCUCUUUACUGACUGGUGACUGCUCAGGAAGAGUUUACCUUACACAGAGACACACAUCCAAAUGGGUUACAGAAAAAACUGCCUUCAGCGCGGACAAUAAUCAAUCGAUUGAGGAUAUUCAAUUUUCCCGCACAGAAGCGACAGUCUUCGCUACAGCUGGCUGCGAUGGCUAUCUCAGGAUUUGGGACACCAGGUCCAAAAAGCAUAAACCUGCCAUCUCCGUAAAGGCCUCCAAUACAGACCUUAACGUUAUCAGCUGGAACGAAAAGAUCGGAUAUCUUUUGGCCAGUGGUGACGACAGCGGUUCUUGGGGUGUGUGGGACUUGAGACAAUUCUCUCCUGCAACAGCAGCUUCCACGACUCCUGUUGCUCAGUACAACUUUCACAAGGGUGCUAUUACGUCGAUAGCAUUCAACCCCAACGACGAUUCCAUCAUAGCUGUGGCCAGCGAAGACAAUACUGUCACACUAUGGGAUUUAUCCGUUGAGGCUGAUGAUGAAGAAAUCAAACAGCAAGCUGCAGAGACCAAGGAACUGCAAGAGAUUCCAGCUCAGCUUCUUUUCGUUCACUGGCAAAAAGACGUCAAAGACGUCAAAUGGCACAAGCAGAUUCCAGGUUGCCUCGUGAGUACUGGUAGUGACGGUCUAAAUAUAUGGAAGACCAUCAGUGUUUAA